CAGCAGCCCCAGGGCGGCCCACCGGUGCUGACUGGCCACGUCCGCGGUCCCGUACGCGUCGGCCAGCGGCCGCAGCAGCAGCAGGAGAAAGAAAGCAAGAGGGAGCUCUCGUCCGGCCGCGCGGCAUCUGAUGUGGCCGAUGAGGCCUUCUCUUAACGUUGCUGCGGCAGCAGCAACGUUAAGGACGGGGGCUGAGCGGGCGGAGGGAAGGGCUUCGAGCUGCCGAGGAGAAGAGGUGGGAGAGGCGCGUGGUGAAGAAGCCGACCGCUGGCUGGCUGCUGGAGCCGGGAGCUAUGAGGGCGAGGGCGAGCGCGGGACCGGAGAUGGGGGUGGCUGGGGCUGGGGCGCCAUGUCCAUCUGGGCGGUCAGUGCGGUGGUGGUGAAGAGGAGGAGGAGGAGCAGCGGGAUGGGGGGGCGGGGUGCGGGUCUGCGUUCCUUUUGUGCCCUGCAGGGUCCCGAGCGGGGCGGCGAGCGAGCGAGUGACCACAGAUGACCAGUCUCACUGUGGUUUCUUUCCUUCCCUGGUCGCUUCGUUCUUCCGUCUGGGGGCCGACGACGAUCCGCCGAGCGAAUGUCUGUGGAGAGCUACGAGAUUGCAGUUGAGCAGGUGGAGGGAGGGAGGGAGGGAGGGAGGCCGGGAGGGAGCUCUCUGCGAUGAAGGUGGUGGACGGCACGCGACACAGCACGGGAUCCGGUGGAGUGUCGAGGAAAACGGUGGAGAAGCGAGCCCUUGCAAAGGGCAACGGAAUAUUUUCUCCUGAAUCCAUUUGUGCAUAGACCCGUCACAUAGGGAGGGAGGCAGGGAGGGGAGGUGGGCAGGGGGCAGGGGGCAGGGGAAGCGGGCGCGGGGUGAAGAGGAAGGAGAGCGAAGGUGGGAGGGAGGGAGGCAGGGAGUGGGCGCAACAUGGCCCCGGAUGUCAAUAAUUCGACAGCAGACUCGGGGGUUCUCACUAUUGUCAAUAACGGUAAUCAGAUACCAGCGCAGCCGCUGUGCGUCAGUGCCAAUUUGCAGCCUGUGGAUCAAGGAGGCGGGGUCGAUGGUGGUGGCGGUGGUGCGAGAAAUGGGAGGGAUUACAAGCGGACGAAUUGGACUGUGGGCGAAUGCCUGGUGCUUCAGGCCGCCAAGCGCGAGGAUUACGAGAGACAGACCAAUGGUGGCCCCAAGGAGAAACAUAAAACUGCAGCCGAGCGGUGGCAGGGCGUGGAGGAAUUUUGUUGGACUCAUAAUGUACAGAGAAGUGGCCAGCAAUGCAAGGACCGCUGGGAGAAGAUGAGCGCAGAUUUUAAAAAAAUCUACGAUUAUGAGAAGCACGUCUCGAAUGGUCAGAUGCACUACUGGCAGAUGACUUUGGAAGAGAAGAAAGUUAAGCGACUCCCCAACACUUUCUUUCAGGAAGUCUACAAUGGAUUGUCGCAGUGGUUCACUAGAGGCAGAGGCGCCGACACAGCAAAUGGGAAUCAAGACAAUUUAGGAUCUCUUUUGCGGGAGCCGGAAGCUUCAGCCAAAGCGGGCAGCGUAGGGCGGUUCUCGGGGUCAGAUGAAGCCGAAAGUGAAGAAGCGGCUGCAGAACCGUUAUUAGAAUCUGGCUCCGGAAAAAGACGGAGUACUGAUGGUGAUCUUGCGAGUGGAGAACGAGAGGGAAUUGCUAAUGGCAGAGAGUACAGAAGGACCAACUGGACUUUACCGGAAUCUCUCGUGCUGCAAGGAGCCAAACGCGAAGAUUUGGAGAGGCAGUACAACAGUGGACCUAAGGAGAAGCACUUGUCUGCAACGGAGAGGUGGCAAGCAGUCGAAGAGUACUGUUGGUCACGUGGGGUUUAUCGGAGUGGUCAGCAAUGUAGAGACCGGUGGGAUAAGCUCAGUGCAGAUUUCAAAAAGAUCUCGGAUUACGAGAAACAGAAUGUAAUUGGACAAAAGAGUUACUGGUUAAUGACACCAGAAGAAAAGAAGGCUAAGCGCUUACCAUCGACUUUUUGGGAGAAGUUGUUCUCAUCCAUGAGUGAUUGGUUUGGGAAAAGCAGGAAUAUUGACCUGCGUGUCGUUAUUCAUGAUUCCUCGCAACCUCAACGGCAAGAUGGAGAUGAGGGAUUUUUCGGCACCGAUGAAGAUGAAGACGGCACUGAUCCGGAAAGCGCGCCUGUGUUUGACUCUAGCGUUGAUAAAGAGAGAAAGGUUGAUGGUGAACUUCUCGUUAGUGCUCAUGAUGAAAAGCCCGGUAGAGAUUACAAGAAGACCAACUGGACCUUGGAGGAGUGUAUGGUACUACAGGCAGCCAAGCAGGAUGAUUUUGAGAGGCAAGCUAAGGAGAAGAAUAGGAAGGCAGCUGACCGAUGGCAAGCAGUAGAAGACUUCUGCUUUCGACAAAAUGUGUGUCGCAGUGGUCAGCAAUGCAAGGAUCGGUGGGAGAAAAUGAGUGUAGACUUCAAAAAGAUACACAAUUACCAGAGACACGUGACAGAUGAUACUGCAAACUACUGGACUUUGACAGGAGAAGAAAAGAAGUCCAAAAGACUCCCUCUUACGUUCUGGCAAGAUGUUUUUGUUGCCAUGUCUAAAUGGUUCACAAAAGAUAGGAAUGGUGGAUCUGAAACUAUAGCUCAUGAUUCAGAGGCUCAACAUCAAGAAGAUUCAGGCAGGGCAGGUAGUAAUAAAGACUUGUCAGGCUCAGAUCAAGGUGAUAGUGACCCGGGGAGUGAUCCUUUUGUAGAUUCAAGGUCUCGCAAAAGGCGUAAAGCUUCUGUCAAAAUAAAUGAAUCAUUGGCUGAAAUAAUGGAGAGAAGCAACCUCGCCACCCAGAAGAUUUUAUUGGAGUGCGAAGACCGCAAGGAUCGCAGAUUGGAACGGACUUUGGAAGCCAACGUUAGAAGAUUAGAAAGGACUCUAGAAGCCAACGAGAGAAUCGCCAUCAGUUACUGCCAAGCAUUUGUGUCUCUUGCAGAUGCGAUUAGAUCGGUUGCAGCUACGAAUCCGCAAGGGUAGCAAGCCAUCAUAAUGCCCACGCCGUCAUACGCCUAGCAAUGUACAUACUGUGAAUCUUAUACUUCCGAUAAAGAAGUGUCCGUUGAGCUCUCCUGGCCUUCUCUGCCAUGGGUUUGUUUCACUGAUGGCGUUCUGCGCCCCGGAGUAAUUCUUGAAGGGGAAAGUCUCGUGUGUCCUGCUGGACUGGCAGCAGUAUUUGAUCGCAGUUCUGCAGCUGUAGGAAGAGAUCUGAUUUGCCUGGUGACGUGUGCCGCAUGCUGCAUUGUUGCAUUCAUCGCAGAGUAUCUGGGUGGCUGAUACAUUGGCUAGGGAUUUCGAAGUCCAUGUACUUCUCCUCCCCACUCUGAUUGGACGACGAGUGUUGCAAGAUAUUAAACUACUGGCCAGUAACUUUUGCUCAGAGUACUGCUCAG